UGGUCGGUUCGGAUCCCCUUGGUUUUCGUCCCGGCUGCGUAUACUCCGUUCUUCAGAGCCGCUCUAGCUGUCGCGGACUCCACAUUCCACCAGAAAAGCUCUUCCGUGUGUCACGGUGACCAGUCAGUCACUCGGCUAGAGCCCUACAAUACCCUACGACUCUUAACUUUAACUCUCCCCCAAGUACCCAUAACAAGCAGCGAACAUGUCCGACGACGAGGACCAAUACUCCAGCGAGGAGGAGGAGGAAGUCGAGGAAGUGUAAGCAGCCGGAGAAGAAGAUCGAGGGUAGGGCGUCACAAAAGGAAUCCGGCGAGAACCCCGAGUUCAUGAAGAGGCAGGAACAAAAAAGAAGUGACCUCGAUGAACAACUGAAGGAGUACAUCGCUGAUUGGAGAAAACUUCGGCUGAAGGAAGAUGAGGAACUUAUACGACUCAAGGAAAAACAAGCCAAGCGCAAGGUCACCCGCGCUGAUGAGGAGAAGAGAUUGGCCCAGAAGAAGAAGGAAGAGGAAGAACGUCGCCAGCGUGAAAUUGAGGAGAAGAAACAGCGAGAUAUCGAGGAGAAGAGAAGGCGCCUCGAAGAGUCCGAAAAGAAGCGUCAAGCUAUGAUGCAGGCAAUGAAAGAUCAGAACAAGAAGGGACCCAACUUCACCAUCACCAAGAAGGACCUCGCCGGUAACCUUUCCUCCGCGCAAAUUGAGCGCAACAAGACCACCGCCCAGCUUGAAGAGGAGAAGAAGAUCUCCCUCAGUUUCCGUAUCAAGCCCCUAGAAAUCGAAGGCUUGAACAUCGACAAAUUGCGAUUCAAAGCCACCGAACUUUGGGAUUGCAUCGUCAAACUAGAAACGGAAAAGUACGACCUUGAGGAGCGCCAGAAACGCCAGGACUACGACCUGAAAGAACUGAAGGAAAGACAGAAGCAGCAGCUGAGACAUAAGGCCCUGAAAAAGGGUCUUGACCCCGAAGCCUUGACCGGUAAAUACCCGCCCAAGAUCCAGGUCGCCUCCAAGUACGAACGUCGUGUGGACACCAGGUCAUACGAUGACAAGAAGAAGCUGUUCGAAGGUGGACUUACCGACGCGAUAAAGGAACACCAUGAAAAGCACUGGGCCGAACAGAAGCAACAGUUCCAAGGACGUCAGAAGGCGAAGUUGCCCAAGUGGUUCGGCGAGAGGCCGGGCAAGAAAUCUGGUGAUCCAGAAUCUCCCGAGGGUGAGGAGGACGUGAAAGCAGCUGCCGACGAGGACAUCGAAGAGCCUGCGCACGAAGCUGAGGAAGAUGAGGAGGCAGAGGAGGAGGAGGAGGAGGAAGAGGAAGAAGAAGAAGAGGAAGAGGAAGAAGAGGAAGAGGAAGAGGAAGAGGAGGAGGAAGAAGAAUAAUAAUAAUGCCAUAUCCACAAACAAAAACGAUAAAAAUUCUAUACAAAGAACUAUAUAAUUAAUAAAAAAGAUGAGAAAAUGAAAAGAUAAAAAAAAGAAAAGAAAUUACACACGACAACAAAAAUAUUAUAUUGUAUGCCCUCUCGCCAUCUUUAUUCUCUCGCUAUAUAAUUAUAAAUAAUAAUAUUAAUUACUCUAUA